AUGAGCCAUCCAUACAGCAGCCGAGCACAGAUACGUGCCCAUCUUUUGAACGAUAAUCCGUACUCGUUCGAGCAGCAGCCGCGUGCGCAGCCGCGAUAUCAACAGCCAAGACCUGUCCCGCAUCCUCCGAGGCAGUAUGUUCAGCAGCAGCCGUAUGUUCAACAGCCAGCGACGUUUGUUGCGCAUCCCUUGCAGCAGAAUCCGUACGAUGCUACACAGCAUCCUGUUCUGCCCGUACCACACGUUCAACCCGUCGAGCCUGCUUACCAUGCCCAGCUGGCUCAGUAUUCACACCUGCAGCCUCGAACCAACUCAAAACCUCAUAUCCAGGGUCCCAGACCACAACCGACUCACUACAAUGAACAACACGGAUACCCUCAGAAUCCUCAGCGUCCUUGCAGCCACAACCAGCACCAGUCUCUUCCAUACCCACCAGAGCACCAGAAUCAACGACCACAGCCCCGAAUGAGAUCAACUUCAUACAGUGACGAUUAUGCAAACAGACAGUAUGGUUCUGCCGAGCCCGAGCCCCGAGGAAACGAGUACCCGAAAUCUGCGCAGACUGAGCCUUUGAGACUGGCGUCGCUGCCGGACGCUUUACAGUUUCCUGUGCCGGACGCGCAGCCGCCUUCCAAAGCGAUAGCACAGACAGUGGACAAUGACAGAAUAAACCAGCUCGAGGACAAAAUAAUGCAGUUGGAGAAAAUGCUGGUUCUUCAAGAUCUCACCUCGAAAAAUGACUCGCUCACGUCUGUGUCCAGCGACUCGAGCAGUAUCAAUGGCAAGGAUGAUUUCAAUUUCACGACACCGAGUAUGGGGGCCAGUAGAAUAAGUCUGCCGACCUCAGACAAGUCUGUCAGGAACGCGUCCCAGAGCUCGCAAAGGACGGACUUUACGAGCGCUCCUCCUUUGCCGCCUCCGCCGCCAGCAGAACAAAGAUCCAUUGCUAACAGUCCGGUCGCAAACGUUUUCCUGUCGUCUGGAUUGGACGAUAAAAGUGAAGCCAGGGACAGUGCUACCUCUUUGACCUCUGGCGAAAAAGAGCUCGUGAAAGAGUUUCUGGACUCUCCGGGGACCAACGACGCUGAUGAUGAUCUUCCUCCUUCGUACGAGGAACUCGAAAAGUCAGGAACUCUGACGUACUCGCAGUCUAUCUACCGUACAGGGUUCGAAAAGGCGGGCUUCCACAUGGAUCACAUGGAAACUCCAGCAAUCAAGCGUCCCGUUUCCAGACCACCGCAAAUGGGCCGUUCGUCGCCAACUCUGAAAUACAAGCGGAAACUACCUCCUCCGGUGUCAGAGUCGGUCGAGAAGAUGCUGGAAGGGCAGAAAGAGAGUCUUCUGAGCUCGUCUACAUUACCAGAACCACCGAACCGGUUAGUUAGCGAAUCCAGCGUGAGCUCGAGCGUGUACAGUGACCGGACACCAGAAACUGGCGACUUGCCGAACCCCAAUGAAAGAGCUCCUCCCCUGCCAGAUCCCGACACCGGGGAGUCUGAAUUCCUGGAGAAAACCAUUAGAUAUAUCAAGCCGAGCUCGUUCAAAAGACACGCAAGUGGAGUCAUCGAGCCCAUACUACCGUCAAAAUCAGCCGACUCCCUUGACAGUCUCAUCAACGGUUUUGGAUUAAUCAGAGAAAAGGCAUUCAAAGACUACAAGAGCUUCACGCCGUCUAUCCAGUUUGAGUGGGCGAUUACGCUUCUUGAGGCCAUUGCUCGCUCAGAUUUGAUUUCAAAAAUGGCCAUCGACGGCAGGGUGAGAAAGUCGCCUAUCCCGCUCAAAUCACUGGCUCCCCAAAGAGAACAAUUCCUCAACACAGCAGUGAAGGUGCUGGAAAAAAUCAUUCAGAUAUCCCCCAACUCGACCAGAGCUCGUCUCUAUCUGGGCGACAUUUAUUCUGGAGGUAUCCAUCCUGGCGUGCUGCCCAGAAACGAGGCCAAAGGAUACAAGCUCUUCUAUGACGCUGCUACGAAACAGGACGAUCCAGUGGCUUGCUACAGAGUGGCCUGCUGUUUGGAGUCGGGAGUCGGCUGCACCAAAAACGUUGAGCAGAGCUGCCGCUUCUUUGAGAAGGGGGCCCGGCUGGGCGAUCCUUCGUCAAUGUGCCAACUUGGAAUGCUGUAUUUUGCUGGAGUGAACGGCUUUCCGCUAGACAUUAGCAAAUCUGUUUACUGGCACGAAAUGGCCUACAAGGCGCUCAAAAACCCAGAUAUCAUGGGCUCGGAUCCUCUUGUCUCGGCAAGAUCAUUCAGCGACUCGCGCGGUGCUCUUUAUACGCUGGCCAAACUGCACCAGACAGACCUCAACAUUCUCUGUCUCGAUAAAGAUACACCAAAAACGAAAGCUUCGGUGAGUCAGAUGAUGAAAGCAGGGAUCUUUAGAAACUCCUCCAAGACUCUCAACUAUUUUUUGGAAGCUGCCAAGCUGGAGCACCGCGAGUCGCAAGCGUCUCUAGGGUUCUACUAUGCUCAAGGAUAUUUCCCCACGGCUCAUUUCAGGUCCGAUAAAGAGUCUACGGGCGGCGUUCCUGCUGCUAAAGACGCCAGACGGUCAAUCUACUGGUUCUCGAAAGCUGCAGCCGAUAACCAUCCAUACUCUGCGCUUGGACUGGCUAAAUGGUACGGGUCUGGGGCUCCAGGAGUGUUGAAAAAAGACGACCAACAGGCGUUUUUGUGGGGUCGCAAGGCUGCCGACGAGGGCCAGCUGGCCGAAGCCGAGUUUAUGAUUGGUUUGUGUUUUGAGCAAGGUUUCGGUGUGCAAAAGAAUGUCCAAUCUGCCAUAUCUUACUACAAACGAAGCGGCGCCAAGGGCUACAAGCGGGCGCUCAACAAACUGAAACAAUUUAAAGAGCAAGUUGUUGAGGGGCAGUACUGA